ACUCAUAUCCGUUGCAGGACUAUCUAUCUAUCUUUCUAUUUUUUAGGGUUUAACUUUACCCCCAAAAUUUGAUAAAUCUUUUGCUCCUUAGUUCUUUUUUCUAUUUAAUUAAUUUGACUUAAUUCAUAAUAAUUAUUUAUCAUAUCUGCGAAAUAAAGAAAGGAAUACUAGUAGCUGAUAACCCCAGAAGCUAUGGAUCCCCCCAAAAACACUGCUGGAGUUGACAAUACUUUCAGAAGGAAAUUCGAUAAAGAAGAGUAUUUACAACGUGCCCGCGAACGCGAGGAGAAAGAAAAGGAGUUGGAAAGCCGAUCGAAAUCUAAAUCAAAAGGUCCGCCUGUGCAAAGGAAACCGUUGAAACAUAGAGAUUAUGAAGUCGACCUUGAUUCUCGCCUUGGAAAGACUCAGGUUGUCACUCCAAUUGCACCCCUUAGUCAACAGGCUGGAUACUUUUGCUCUGUUUGUGAAUGCGUAGUGAAGGAUUCUGCUAACUAUUUGGACCAUAUCAAUGGAAAGAAGCAUCAAAGAGCCUUGGGAAUGUCUAUGAGGGUAGAGAGGGCAUCUCUUGAACAGGUUCAACAGCGAUUUGAAAACCUCAAGAAACGGAAAGACCCAGUAACAUUUACUGAGCAAGAUCUUGAUGACCGAAUCUUAAAGCAACAGCAAGAGGAGGAGGAAAGGAAGCGUCAAAAGCGUGAAAGGAAAAAGGAAAAAAAGAAAGAGAAGGUGUUAGAGGAGGAAAUCGAGGUAGACCCUGAUGUUGCAGCUAUGAUGGGAUUUGGAGGUUUUGGUACAUCCAAAAAGUAAAAUAUAUCUAGAGAAGCAUCACUUUUUUCCUUUCUUAAUAUCGAGAUGUAGAGUACUGCUACAGGAAGUUGUUUUGUAAGUUUUACAUUGUACGCAUCGGAAGCUAUUGAUUUUUUUAGUAUAUCAGGAAAAUUGGGGUUUCGCUA